AUGGCUCACCAUGGUCUCAGAUUCAUGUUCAUCUUGGCAGCUGGACUUUUACUUCUCGUCCACGCCGUGGCCGCCGAUGACUUCAACAUUGCUGACAACGCUACUGCUGUGAAGCGAGGCAUCACACUGACUCCUGCCUUGAACGGUAUCAACUUCCCGGAUCCUUCGGUCAUACGAAUCGGCAAUGAAUGGUGGGCAUUCUCAACCAUGUCACGCUACAAUGGNAAAAGGGUCCAUGUCCCUAUGGCUCACACUUUUGACUUCAACACAUGGACAAGUUUUGGCGAGAGAGAUGCACUCCCGAAUCUGCCGAACUGGGUCUAUCCCGACGCGCCUGCAGUGUGGGCGCCCGAUGUUGUGCAACUUGGUCCUGGACGCUUCAUAAUGUACUAUACCGCUGCACUCAAAUCAAACCCUAAAUUUCAUUGUUUGGGUAUCGCUUCGGCUUCUAUAGUCACUGGCCCUUAUACACCUAUAGGUCCAGAUCCAUGGGCUUGUCCUACGGCUCAGGGUGGCGCGAUAGAUCCUGCCGGCUAUUACGAUCAGGCAUCCAACACACGUUGGGUUGUUUAUAAAAUCGACGGAAAUUCUCUGGGACGUGGAGGAGCUUGCAACAACAUGGUCCAGCCGAUCGUCAGUACGCCUAUAAUGCUUCAGCAGGUUAGAGUGGACAACGGGUUCACAAAGAUCGGUGCUCCGACGACGCUCAUAGUUAAUGAUCCAGCUGAUGGACCAUAUGUUGAAGCACCAUCUCUUACCAGGAUGCCUGAUGGUACAUAUGUCCUCUACUACAGUUCGAACUGCUUCGUCACUCCUUUGUACGACGUGUCUUACGCGACAUCGAAGAACAUCAGGGGUCCUUAUAGAAAGUUUGGUGGACUCAUUCGAACUGGGAAAUAUGGACUCACGGCUCCAGGCGGUCUUGAUUUAGCGAUCAAUGGGGUUCAUGCAGUCUUCCACGCGAAUUGGAAUGGCGGGCGUGCUAUGUUUACGGCUCUUAUACGCGGUCAAGGCAGCCAGCUGCAGGUCUAUGUCAAGUCUUCUUGA